UUUCAACUAUCGAACGAAAAUCAGCUUUGCUGCUUCUUCUCUCGCCAUAGCAAUGUUUGGUUGUCCCAAUCUUCUUCACGACUUCGCCAAUAUUGAGAAUGAGAACAGUAACAGAAGCUCAUCAGGUCAUGAUCUAGUACUCGUCGCCGGUAUCGAUUCUGCAGUGUUCUUCUGCCACUUUCACCCUUUUUCUCACGAUGACUGGAGAUCCAUCCGAAGGUUUCUGUCGUCUACGUUACCUCUGCUCCAUGCCUUUGGUGGGAUGCGGUUUGAUCCUAAAGGCAGGAUCUCUGUGGAAUGGAAACCCUUUAGUUUGUUGUUCCUCAUGUACCUUAAAAAUUUGAAUCUUUGA